AUGGCCACACUGCAUUAAUCUGUGUAAUUGCAUAAACAAACCUCGUUACUGGAAUAAAAACACCAAAAAUGUCGUUUAAUAUAAUGCAAAAGCUGACCCUGCAGUGCCUGAAGGCGGACCAACCGUUGAUGACCACCAUACGUAAUGCUAGUAAGAAAACCGGCGGGAGUACAAGAAACAAGAAGGGCCAUGCGAGACCAAAACAUCGAGGAUGGCGCGUCCAAGAUGGACACCACGUCUCUGAGGGCACAAUACUAGCCACUCAGCUGACUACGCGCUUUCAUCCGGGUCUAAAUGUGGGAUUCGGUCGCAAUGGAACUCUGUUCGCCAUGGAGCACGGCAAGGUUUAUGUGACCUGCGAACCGAUAGACCCCAACUGGGACCACACCUGGAUUCAGCGGCAUUAUGCCGGCCGCCAAGAUCAGACCAUUUAUAAGAAAUUCUUUAAUGUUAUACCCGAAAAUCAGCAUCAGCGUUUUAAGCUAGUGGAGGAAAUAUAAAUUGUUAAACGUUAAUGUUAAAAACUAAUUAAAAUGAAACUACAUUUUUAAUUUGUAA